AUGAUGAUACCUUCCCAGCACUUUGACUGCCCGACAUGCAUUCCAGAAUGUUGUCAAAUGGUUUGCCACGCUCUAGUACUACCGCCCCCGUGCACGACGUUGCAUUCGUCGAGGACCUGUAAAACUAAGUACAAGCGUAAAUGGAAGUACCAUGCCCAUCAGACAAAAUCCUUGACAUGCAAUCAAAAUCAAUCAAAUGCUAACGCAAUGAGAAUGUCAACGUAUACUCUUACGAGACCGCUGCAUGAUGUCAGUACGAUGCUGCCACAGAACCAGCACAGAUCAGGGCGUUUCCUUCUCUACCUAGCUAGAAAUAUGUGGACAGGACAAGAAUUGAUAUUGAACAGUUGCGAUUAGAAUUUCAAAAGAGCGUUGGAAUAUUAUUUGCAGUAGAACUAUAGUAUGACUUUGAUUCAGCUUACGCUUUCGUUUGAAAAAAGUAAUAAAAGAUGAAGAUGAACAGAAAAAUUAAAUCCAUGAGUAACAACUCCAAGAUGAGCUUUUGUUUGUGAGAAAUAGCAAUAGUAGUUUCGUUUUUUUCGAGGAUAUUGAUUUCUACACCAAUGCACAGAGCUCUCUUUGACCAUCCGAAAUAAAUCAAUAUGUAGACCAUUGAGCCACUAAUAUGGUAUCGGAAAAAUAGGAUUUCUAAAUUUCUUUGCAAUUUCUCAAGAAGUAAACGAGAAAACGCGCAGCUGAAGCAGGUGACGCUGCGUUUUUUGCGCCCUGUGCGGCAGCCUGACGACGGUCGAGGUUGUGUGUGUUGCAAGUUGAUUGUGUUUUCAACAUCGUACAGCGCCACUGCAAAACUGCAGAAAAAUAUCGGUAAGAGCCAAAUGAAACUGACGUCCAAC